AAGCGACCUGCCGCCCGCCCGGCUGGCAUCUCCGAGCCGCUGGUAUUCCCGCCGCGCCGAGCGAGCGCCUUCACCGAGGGUCGCCGGUCGCCGGGCGCCGGAGCCAUGACCCUACGCCGACUCAGGAAGCUGCAGCAGAAGGAGGAGGCGGCGGCCGCCCCGGACCCCGCCGCCAGGGCUCCCGACUCGGAAGUCGCUCCCGCCGCUCCAGCCCCGACCCCGGCCUCCGGUCCCCGUGCUGCAGCCGCCAGCCCCGGAGCCCCCGGGGACGAGCUGUACGCGGCGCUGGAGGACUAUCACCCGGCCGAGCUGUAUCGCGCGCUCGCCGUGUCCGGGGGCACCCUGCCCCGCCGAAAGGGCUCAGGAUUCCGCUGGAAGAAUCUCAGCCAGAGUCCCGAACAGCAGAGGAAAGUGCUGACUUUGGAGAAGGAGGAGAACCAGACCUUCGGCUUUGAGAUCCAGACUUACGGCCUUCACCACCGAGAGGAGCAGCGGGUGGAGAUGGUGACCUUUGUCUGCCGGGUUCAUGACUCCAGCCCUGCCCAGCUGGCUGGGCUCACACCAGGGGACACCAUCGCCAGCGUUAAUGGCCUGAACGUGGAAGGUAUCCGGCAUCGAGAGAUUGUUGACAUCAUUAAGGCGUCUGGCAAUGUUCUCAGGCUGGAAACUCUGUAUGGGACGUCAAUCCGGAAGGCUGAAUUGGAGGCACGUCUGCAGUACCUAAAGCAAACCCUGUAUGAGAAGUGGGGAGAAUACAGGUCCCUAAUGGUCCAAGAGCAGCGGCUGGUGCACGGCCUGGUGGUGAAGGACCCGAGCAUUUAUGACACAUUGGAGUCGGUGCGCUCCUGCCUGUAUGGCGCGGGCCUGCUCCCGGGCUCGCUGCCCUUCGGCCCCCUGCUGGCCGCGCCCGGGGGUCCCCGCGGGGGCGCGCGGCGGGCGGGGCGCGACGCGGACGACGCCGUCUACCACACGUGCUUCUUCGGGGGCGCCGAGCCGCCCGCCCCGCCGCCGCCGCCCCCCACCCGCGCGCCGGGCCGGGGCCCCGCCGAGGCUCUGGCGUCCGCGCCCCGGGCCGCGCUGAGCCGCAGCGCCAGCGUGCGGUGCGCGGGCCCCGGGGGCGGCGGGGGCGGCGGCGGCGGCGGCGGGGCGCCGGGCGCGCUCUGGACUGAGGCCCGCGAGCAGGCCCUGUGCGGCCCCGGCCUGCGCAAAGCCAAGUACCGCAGCUUCCGCCGGCGGCUGCUCAAGUUCAUCCCCGGACUCAAUCGCUCCCUGGAGGAGGAGGAGAGCCAGCUGUAGGGGCGGGGCGGGCGGGGGAGG